AUGGAGAAAUCACUGGAGGUUGUUACGCUACAAGGGGCAUUGAAACUGGAUCCAGAAUGUUUCGAUUACUGGAAAGUCUCGAUGCAGCAAGUCAUCUCAAGCAUCAACAUGGAAGCUUGGUUUGCAGUGGAGGAUGGUUGGACCCAUCCAACUGAGAGGAAUGAAGAUGGUGAAUUGGUGCAAAAACAUAGAAAGAAGUGGACUGCUGAAGAAAAGGCUGAAGCCAAACACAAUUCGCAGGCCUUGUCAGUCAUCUUCAAAUCUCUGCCAAGAGAUAUCUUCAACCAAGUUCAAGGUUGUGUGUCGGCUAAAGAGGCUUGGGACAUUCUCGUAGUCACAUUUGAAGGAAUUACUCGAGUUAGGCGCACGAGGUUGGACAAUCUUGCAUCUGAUUUUGAGAAUCUGCAAAUGACUGAAACCGAAUCUGUGGCGGAUUACAGUAGUCAGUUGAGUGGUAUUGCUCAAGAAUCAGCUGUGUUGGGUAAACGAUACAAGGACAAGAAGCUGGUCAAGAAAUUUCUCAGAAGUCUACCUGACAAGUUUCAGCCGCACAGAUCUGCUAUUGAUGUGUCUUUGAAUUCAGACGAGCUCAAGUAUAAUCAAGUUGUUGGGAUGAUGCAAGCGUUUGAGAUGCAACUAAUGAAGAAAGAGAAAAUGAAUGCUAAGUCAUUUGCUCUUAAAGCUGCAGAAGAACAGAAACUUAUUGAAUCGCAUGAGCUUGAAGACGAAGAGAAGGUUGGUCUGUUGGUUAAAAAGUAUUUUCGCAAGAUGGAAAGAGGUCAGCGGAAGGGAACUCCAUCACUUGCAAGUGCAGAUCCUGUCAAGGGCUUCAGGAAGAAUGAUAAGUCAGAACGUCAGUGUGCUGAGUGUGAAGGAUAUGGUCAUUACAAGGCUGAGUGUCCAAACAACAAACGGAAGCACUCUCUACAAUGCUAUGGAUGCAAGGGUUUUGGUCAUACCAAGACUGAUUGUCCCUCCCAAGGAAGUAAUCAGAAGUCCUACAUCACAUGGAGUGAAAGUGAUUCUGAUGAAGAAGAUAACAAAGGUGAAAUUCUGAACAACUUUGUGGCUCUGCUGGGAGUAAUCGAGGAAGAUGAAGAAGAUGAAGUUCUGCUAUUGAAAGAAGACAUUGACAAGACAAUCGAGUCGGACUCAAAUGGGGAAGAGGUCGGCUUGUCGAUGGAAGAUCAGAUAAAUCUUCUUAUUCAAACUAUUGUGCAAAAGACUCAAGAUAACAGUGAGUUGUCUGUCGGGAGAGAUAAGCUUCAGAUGAACAUUGCAUUGUUGGCUAAGGAACUAUGUGAAGAAAAAGCCAAGUCUCUACGUCUUGAGAAGCAAUUGGAAGAACAGCUGAAGAGCAUCAGGAUGCUGAGUAAAGGAACUAAAGAUCUGGACUUCUUGCUCAGUACUGGACAAUCAAGCACUGCAAAGUGGGGUCUGGGUUAUCAGGGAAUCAGUUCUGACAAGUCCACACAGUUUAUUAAAGAGCAGAACCCUGAACAAAAACCCAAAGCACAACUUGUUGCACCAAAUGGACGUCAUAGUCAGAUUCCUAAGUGCAGAAUGGUAGCUUCUACUCAGCUGUUAAGAAGAGUUUGGCAAGGGUAUGUCAGAAAAGAUGAUCUCUACUGUCAUGUUGCGUACACAGCAGAUAGAACUGAAGUUGAUCAGACCAAGUGGUAUUUUGACAGCGGAUGUUCCAGAUAUAUGAAAGGGGCUCUUGACAAUUUGUCUCACGUAGAAGAUGUUGCUGCUGGAAGAGUAACGUUUGGAGAUGGAGCAAAGGGGAAAAUUCGUGGAAAGGGUACAACUAGUGGUGACAUUCAACCCGAGCUGAUUGAUGUGUUCCUGGUAGAUGGAUUGAAGGCCAAUAUGAUCAGUGUCAGUCAAUUGUGUGAUGAGGGCUUAGAUGUUACUUUCACCAGGAAGGAAUGA